ACUAUGCCCUCAAGCUGCAGCCGAGUUCUCUCAUUCAAAAACCCCUAAAUGCCUGAUAUACUUUUACUGUACUCUGCUUGCUAUUGUUUCUGAACCGAAACCCUAAUCAGCUCUUCCAUUUCCUGUCAAAACUCACUAAUCUUCUUGUCUACCUCGUUCUCUUUAACAUGGACUCAAGCUCAAAGCCUCCGCCCGCAAACCCUAUUUCGCCAUUUACCUCAAAAACACCAGAGAAGCCCCCAGAAAAUCAUACUCGUCGCUCCCAAAACCGUGGAGCUGCUCUUUCUUUGGAAGAAGUCCUGAGAUCGGAUCAAACCCGGCCUCAGCACCCGGAUGAGCCAAUCAAGUCAGCCAGGAAGCAGAUCUUGUCAUGGUCUCGUGAUUCCUCGCUCUCCAAGGCCCAAGGUUCCAUCAAGCUGCCUCAAAGGUAUGAGAUGCUGGCUGAGUUGUUUGAUGGACUAGAUACUGCGAUCCGGCUAUUAAAAUUGAGGAGAUCCAUGUCAACUUUUACAAACAUUUCUCCCAAAAUCCAGUGUUUAACUGAGUGGAGUUUUACUCAUGCACAUUUGGCUCAGCUUAAGUAUAUUUUGCCCGAGGCCAUAGAGAUCAAGAGACUACUAAGGUUUGAUGAGAGGACCAGUUGUAUGAUGCCAGAUCUUCAUGUUACAUUGAAUGUUGCUGCAAUUGAAUAUGAUGAGAACUUGAAAUCAGAAAGUAAAUACUUGAGCUUGAGAAAGAUAUUCCGAGCACGACUAGCAGACUUCCAUGAAGAGCAUCGUAAGGGUGAUGAAGUUCCAGAGGAAAUGCUGCCAGAGCCAUUUAACUCUUCAAAGAGCAGGCAAACCCUCCUGGAACCAUUUAAACAUUCAAGGGGAGGUCUACGUGCAAAAUUUGUGAAUGCUUCCUCCUUGUCCUCCCAGAGUGAGUCAUCGACUUUUGGUGUUGAAGAUGAUGAUUUUUGCGAGGAGACACACCCAGAGCAAUCCACCUUGUCGUUCAUAGUAGAGCCAUCAAUUGACAUGGUAAAAGAACAGCAACCUGUUGCGGCAUCUCAAUCUUCUUCCGACAAUGUUGUGAGCAGUGAAACAGAAAGAACUGAACAAAAUUCAGUAAGGGUUCCUUUUCAAGCUUCAAAUCUUCAAGUUCCAGAUGCAUGCCAUAACAAUAUUUUGUCCAAUGAGGAAGCUUCUUCUGUUUCUACUUUGUCCCCGAUCAAAUUGUCCUUAAAGCCAACCAGCACCAGGAAAUCUUUAUUUAAUUGCACUUCAAAAGAGAUUGAAACCAUGGAAAACAUGGAUAGUUGUCCCAGAAAAAUUGCUGCUGUCCAGUCUACUCCUGCAAAACUUGCUUCAACUCCAGCAAGGUUGAUGGCUGCCACACCAGCAUUGCAGCUGCCAAAGAGAUGUUGUAUGAGCCCAGAUGAUGUUUCAACCAGCAAACCAAACAAGUUAGUUCGAAUAUCUCGUGCCAGGUCACUGAAAUUUGAGAGUCCUGCAGAUAAUGAGAAUGUUGAGGAUGUCGUAGUAAAUGGGAGGGCUGAUGAUCAACAAAAUACGACGGAAGGUGCACUAUCUGAUGAUGAUAUUCCUAAUGUUCUUCCUGAGAGUCUUCUGCAAUUGAUAAGAGAGAAAGAGAAGAAGGUGAUGGAGGAGCGGGAUCCUGCAAUCUCACAAACGAAGAGGAUCACUGCCUGCCUUCCUAAGCUAUUUAAUGCGAUUCAAUUUUUGUACCAAUCACGAGGGUAUUUAAAACUCACGAAAGAGGAGCUCAUACACAAGAUAAUUGCUGGCGAUUGUCAUAUUGUUGAUCGAAGAGAGGUUGAAGAGCAGCUGACUUUGCUGGUAAAACUUUUUCCUGAAUGGAUUUCAGAAAAGUUGGCAUCUAGUGGCGAUUUGCUCAUAUGUAUCAAUAAAAUGUCAAAUAUUGAGUCCAUUCGAGCACGCCUUGGAGAAGCAACACAGGUAUGAUAUUGCAAAGAAUCCCUCAAUGUUACUGCAAGUUGGGAAUUGCGAGGAUUGGCUUGCCUGGAGUUCGAGCAAUCUCUUGUCGAAGAAUGCUACAACUACAACAGAAAUUGUUGCCAGGAGAUCAACCAGUGUCACGAAGACUGGAUUGUUUUCGUUGGGGCGCUAUAUUAUAGCAAGAAUUAAACCAGAGCAUAAAAUUCCCUGCAAUUAAAUUGCAUUGAGGUGUUUUGUUGCUGGCAAAGUUUAUCUUCUAGCUCGGCCAUAAGGCUAAAGGAUGGACCAGAAAUUUGCUGUGUUAGGAAGAACCUGGGUCAAAGGUUUCUGGUUAAACAGUGAUGACAGAUGCCAACAAGAAGCUUUUUAUCAUCAUUAUUAUUAUUUUUCCAUUUGACGCCUAAUUGUGCUCUAAAAGGUAUACUUUUGAAGUUCUAAAUAGAAAAAAUACAUUUCUGAUCGAUGCAUCUUGGUUUGACUUGUAAGAUAUAUUAGAUCGGAUGAGAUUUUAUUCAUAUUCUUUCCGUUGGUCGAGAUAUUCUCGAUUUUAACUGGAAAAAAAAAGUGAUUGAAUUGUCAAUAAUCUGUAUAGCCUGCAGCGCAAUG